AGUCAAUUUAAAUGGUUGACUCUAUAGAGUACACUCCUGAUAUAUCCAGUGAAUUGUUUACGUUUUUGAAUAUAUAAAAAUAAGCUUAUUUUUAAUUGGAUCAGUCGCGGUUCGGAUAUUCAAGUGGUAACAUGUUGUGGACCUUUUUCUAUAUUGUGUUUGCCUUUAUUGGCGUAGGUACAAGUGGUAUAACCACACCAUGUGUUCAUCAAAUUACACACCCAAUAGGACAUACUGAGGGACCUCACUGGGAUGGGAGGAACAACAUACUUUAUUUCGUGAACAUUCCAGCAGGUGAAGUUUAUGCCUAUCACUACGGAUCAUCAUUAUUGAAAAAAAUUAUAUUAAAUGGUAAUGUGUCGCCUGUAAUUCCGGCUCGUAAAGAUCCACAUUUGUUGCUCGUUGGAGUGAACAGAUCCGUAGUUGCAAUUGAAUGGAAUGGAAAACAUACGCUAGGAGAUCAACAGGUGCUUACAACUGUGAGUCAGAAGUUUCCGAAUAGUAGAUUUAAUGAUGGAAAGGCUGACAAACAAGGAAGACUGUGGUGGGGUACAAUUGGACCCGAAGUUAAUCGCGUAGUCGUCCCCGACCAAGCAGUAUUUUACACAAUUACAAAAGAAAAUUUAGAAAAUCCCACAGUUGCCGCAGCUCCAGUUACCAACAGUAACGGUCUUGCAUGGAACAAAGCAAAUAAUAAAUUAUAUUAUAUUGAUACUCCUACACUUAAAGUAGUUGAAUUCGAUUAUAAUGAUGAAAAAGGUACUAUUUCUUCCACAAACAAAACUGUAUUUGACAUCGCCAAAUGGGCAAAUAUAACAGGGCUUCCAGAUGGUAUGACUAUAGAUACUGAAGAUAAUUUAUACAUAGCUUUAUUUGGCGGUGGGGCUGUAAUUAAAGUAAACCCUACUACAGGAAAACUACUUAAGAUUAUAGCUAUACCAGCAAAAGAUGUUACAUCAGCAAUGUGGGGUGGUGAAAAUCUUGAUAUUUUAUUUGUUACCACUUCAAAUACAAAUUUGACACCAAUAGAAAAAUUAGAAAGCCCGGCAGCUGGUAGCGUAUUCGCAGUUACGGGAUUAAACGCCAAAGGAUUUCCGGCUCACACUGCCGAUAUUAUAGAUGAAAUACCUAAAAAGAAGAACUUGAUAGAAGUACUAUUUAAUCCUGAAAUAUUAUCAUCAAGAGAACCAACAAAGAAUCAAAAAAUUGUUCAAACUCGACAAGAACCCGGUCUUUGGGAUUCAUUUUUGAUUACAGUUCGCAAUAUAUUUGCUCAAAAAUGAAGGAGUUUUGUUAAUUUGUAAAUAAUUUUCUUAAGGAAUUGUUAUAAAAAUUUUAAAAGUA